AUGUCGAAGCGACCGGCAUCAGAGGCUUUGGAUGAGCUCUCAGGGGUCGGCUCGCCCGCGUCGAAGAAGUCGCGGCUGGAUGACGGGCCGACUGAGCUGUCGAAUGGCAGAUUGAACGGCGGAAGCGCAACCCCAGACCAACGCGACAAGGCUGACGAGAACGACGGCUUCGACGACGAGGACGACACUCCAGAAAGAGCACCGCUACGGCAGUCUGCCCCCACUGCAGGAUACGACGACCUGUACCUCGACACAAUAGAUCGCAAUGUGCUCGACUUUGACUUCGAGAAGCUCUGCUCCAUCAGUCUCUCUAACAUCAACGUCUACGCAUGUCUGGUCUGCGGACGGUACUACCAGGGCCGCGGUCCCAAGUCCCACGCUUAUUUCCACGCCCUGGACGAGAAUCACCAUGUGUUCAUAAAUAUGGAGACCCAGAAGGUCUUCGUGCUGCCGGAGGGCUACGAGGUCAAGAGCAAGUCGCUAGAGGAUAUUAAAUACGUCUCGGAUCCGCGGUACUCAAAGCAGGAGGUUAUGGAGCUGGAUCGCAAGCCCAGAAGCGCGUGGACACUUGGUGGGAAGGAGUAUGCGCCGGGCUAUGUGGGAAUGAACAAUAUCAAGGAGAACGACUACCUCAAUGUUGUGGUGCAGGCUCUGUCGCAUGUGCCGCCGUUGAGAAACUAUCUCCUACUGGAGGACCUUUCGGCGCGAUCCGAGUUGGUCAAGCGAUGCAGUAUCCUGUUCCGCAAGAUCUGGAACCCGAGGGCUUUCAAGAACCACGUUUCGCCCCAUGAGUUGCUUCAAGAGAUCUCAUUGCGCUCCAAUAAGCGCUACACCUUGACUGCGCAGUCGGACCCGGUCGAAUUUCUAUCGUGGUUUUUGAACAACCUCCAUCUCGGAUUGGGGGGAAGCAAGACGAAACCGGGGAGCAGCAUCGUUCAGCGUAUAUUCCAGGGAAAGCUCAAGGCCGAGUCACAGGAUAUCACAGCCAGAGCCGAUGUUGGCGACCGCCUAAGAUUCGAAGAGGCAGCUGAAGUCAAGACCGACAUCAACCGAUUUCUUUUGCUGACCCUUGAUCUACCCGCCGCACCGCUUUUCCAAGAUGAACUCGAGCGGAACAUCAUCCCACAUGUACCUCUCACGACUAUUCUGUCAAAAUACGACGGUGUGAAGGCUCAGGAGCAUCUGGCACAGCGGAAACGCUACCGAUUGAUGCACCCGCUUCCCCCCUACCUUAUAUUCCACAUCAAACGCUUUUCGACCAACAAGUUUGUCUCGGAACGCAACCCCACGAUUGUGACAUUUGACGCGCGGAACCUAGACGUUUCGCCCUACGUGGAGCCCAACCCCGCGGAGCACACACCAGGAGAGCCAAUCUGGUACGACCUGGUCGCCAACGUAAUACACGAAGCGGUCAGGGCGAAAGAGGACGUAGCAGACUCAGGAGAGGAGAGGAAGACAUGGAAAGUGCAGCUGAGGGACAAGGGGCGAGACGAGUGGGUGACGUGCCAGGAUCUCUUCGUUGAGAAGACGCAGAAGGAGCUGCUUUACCUCGGAGAAUCAUACCUGCAGAUCUGGGAGAGACGUCGUGACCCCAAGGCGAAAGGAAAGGGAAAGGCUUAG